CUUGUUUUUGCUGACUAUAUUUUGAGCCAUUAUUCAUCAUUAUCAUAAUCAUCAUCUCACAAUCACGGAAGCAAAUUUGUGAUUCUCACUAACUUCACUACAUUUCAGCUAUUCAUUAUUUUUUUGGUGCUGGUAAGCCAUGAGGAACACAAAAAGUUCAAGUUCUGGGUGUUUCUCCGCCGUUUUCCGCCGGCUUUUUUGUUCGGGGACUCCUGAAACACAUCCAUCAGUCCCCAUUAUAGAGUUAAACGCCGUUGAUAUCAUGGCUAAGGCUCAAGUCCAAGCAUCUGAAAGUGGUCCUGGGAUAGUGGCUAGGCUAAUGGGGCUGGACACAUUGCCAGACAACAACUGGGUUUGUAGAGGCAAAACUCCAAGUUCAGUUCCUCGGAGCAAGUCAGCCAAUUUCAUGGAUUAUAUGCUGGAUUUUGAUUUAACAAAAGCCACUCAUCGUCGAGUGAAAACGUCGACGUCGUUUCAGGAGCUACCGCAAAGUCCGCAGCUGUUGCAGCACAAUCAAGAAACAAUGUCUGAGCCAAGGAAAUGGAAAUCCCAAAGAGUAAAUGGAUCAAGUGGUAAGAAUGUUAAGCAAAAUGUGAAUGUAAGAGAGAAAGUAUGUUCCAAGAAGAAAAACAAGAAGAUAUCUAAGCUUAAAAACGAGCCAAGGAGAGUUUCUAGUAAACAAUCUUUGAAGUCCAGUGGCUGCAUUGGUGUAAAUUCAAAGGCAAAAACUCCAUUGGAGGAAGUAUCUGUUAAGACGAAGAAAAAAAAUCAAUCUGCAGUCAGGAAAGUUGAGUAUACUGACAGUAACUCGGAGGGCUCAAGUUCAAGUUUAAGCCCAGUUUCUGUCCUCUAUGUCAAUGAUUUUGAGUCGACGAAAAACGAGGAGACUGCGUAUUUCAUGGAGUUGGUGGAUAGACCUAGCAAAAUGACAGAUGAAGAUAUAAAAUUCUCAAAUUAGAUAACGAAGAAACUUUUCACGUUUGAAGACUUUGAAGAAAUCCGUGUGAAGCUUGAGGAGCAAAUACUUGAUUUAAUGUUGCACCAAGUAGCUGAUGAACUUGGGGGAUUCCACACAUGGAAUGUUUGAAAACAAAAACCAACUUGGUGGGUACUUUGUGCAAAAUCCAGAGUUUUUAUCCUUCAAAUCUACAGGUAAACCUUGAAAAAUAAAAUUCGAAGGAGUUGACCGAAUUUGAUUACUGGUGCGGUUGCCUCUGCUAGCAAAUUGCAGCAUGGAGUUAGUGUCAAGUAAGCAAAGGAUAUAUGGGAAUGAUAUUUUACAUGUUCAGAAAUUGUAAACUAUAGUUUUAAGCGGGGGGGAAUGCCCCUUAUUUAUAGUUUUAUAUUUCAGCUUUAGGCAGAGAAUGGAUAUUUUCCACCCUUCCUUGAAUGUGACAUGAAUACAUCUUCAUUGACCAUUAUAGUUUUUGGUAUGACUGAAAUCGGAACUAAGAGAAUGAUCGAAAAAAUAUUGCUUCUGUGUACUAAGAAAAUGGUGUCAAAAUCUAGCUCUACAUUAGCUAUAUAACACCUCUGUCUGUCUGAUCCAAAACCCCCUAAAUCUUUAGGUUUUACCCUUAUUUUUCCUCACUGCAUCGAUGAAAUUAGUCAUCACUUGUUGCUCAUCGAGUGGUGGUAUUGAGGCAAAGUGCUGCUGCACAGCAUUGAUAAUUUUUACCCUUGAUGAA